AUGGAGAUACACUGUAAGCACGACCCGUUUGCAGCGAUGCAUAUUCCGGGACAUGGAGGAGUGAAUCAAUUAGGGGGCGUUUUUGUGAAUGGUCGGCCGCUGCCUGAUGUUGUUCGCCAAAGGAUUGUGGAACUUGCCCAUCAAGGUGUCCGACCUUGUGACAUCUCCAGGCAAUUGCGAGUCAGCCAUGGCUGCGUCAGCAAAAUUCUCGGCAGGUAUUACGAGACUGGAAGCAUUAAGCCUGGAGUUAUUGGAGGUUCAAAGCCAAAGGUUGCCACACCCAAAGUAGUAGAAAAAAUUGCAGAAUAUAAACGCCAAAACCCCACCAUGUUUGCUUGGGAGAUCAGGGACAGACUUUUAGCAGAAAGAGUGUGUGAUAAUGACACAGUGCCCAGCGUUAGUUCAAUUAACAGGAUUAUUCGGACAAAGGUGCAGCAACCACCUAACCAGCAAGUCCCAGCCUCAAGUCAUAGCAUAGCCUCCACAGGGUCUGUGACACAGGUGUCUUCAGUAAGCACAGAUUCAGCUGGCUCCUCCUACUCGAUUAGUGGAAUUCUGGGAAUUACUUCUCCCAGUGCUGAAAGCAACAAACGCAAAAGAGAGGAAGGUAUUCAGGAAUCCCCUCUACCAAAUGGCCAUUCGCUUCCGGGUCGAGACUUCCUUCGGAAACAAAUGCGGGGAGAUCUUUUUACUCAGCAACAAUUAGAAGUAUUGGAUCGAGUUUUUGAAAGACAGCAUUAUUCCGACAUCUUUACGACAACUGAGCCCAUCAAACCAGAGCAGUCAACAGAAUAUUCAGCCAUGACAUCACUAGCUGGUGGAUUAGACGAAAUGAAGGCCAAUUUAACAAGCCCUACAUCAACAGAUUUGGGGGCCAGUGUCCCAGGACCACAAUCAUAUCCUAUUGUGACAGGUCGUGAUUUAGCAAGCACAACCCUCCCUGGAUACCCUCCACACGUCCCCCCUGCUGGACAGGGCAGCUACUCUGCUCCAACGCUGACAGGGAUGGUGCCUGGGAGUGAGUUUUCUGGAAGCCCAUACAGUCACCCACAAUAUUCAACAUACAAUGAUUCCUGGAGAUUUCCUAACCCUGGAUUGUUAGGUUCUCCUUACUAUUACAGUGCUGCAGCCCGUGGAGCCGCACCCCCUGCAGCUGCUGCUGCUUAUGACCGUCACUGACAAAACAAACCAAGAAGCACAUUCACCACAUCACGUCAGAUGACACCACUGGAAUCAUCUAGAGUGCAACUACUGAAAUCAAGCUAUAAG